AUGACGAAGAAAAAGGCACCCAAUCCAGCAAAGGAAACGAGGACGUGCCUCACGUUUCCAUGGCACCACAAGAACGUUCUGAAGGCGGUCUCCCCAAAGAUGACCUGUACAUGGAUUCGAAAGAGAGUCAGCGACACAAGCGCCGACCGAGAAUACACCACCCACGUCAUGGGCGACUUCAAGUGCAUGAACACCACCUGCAGUACACCCGGUUGGGGCAGCAAGAAGGUGGCUAUACAGAUCAGGGGAUAUGCGGGGAACGGGUACAAUGCUGUAGUAUUCAACCAGCGUUGCAAGGACUGCGACGAGUUGGGCACGCUACAUCUGGACAAGAAGUCCUAUGUUGAGCGAAUCGCAUACAGAAUCCAGAAGUGGGCGGGUGUCCAAGCGGAGCAGCCAUUUUACGCCUCCAAGAAUGGUUUGCCGCACAAAAGCGAGCUCUGCGAAGGUUGCAAGAGAGGUGUUUGUCGGCAGACGAACGACUGGGGUUGA